CCUGCAUGCAAUGGCGUAGAGCUGCACCUUCGUCUCGGCUUCUCCGAAGUCCGAUCGAAUCUCACAGCUCGCGGUCACAGGAAAGCGAGUGGAAAUAAGGGGGGCGGCCGUGCAGUCUCCACAGGCCACGCACGGACACGAACAGUGGAGGCCUCGGCCGGCUUCUUGCACGCCGUUAAUGGCCGUCCGUUUCCUCGUACGCCUCCUCUUAGCCACCACCGCCGCCGCCACCUCGCUCGCAACCAAUGCCACCGCGGCGGGCUCGCGCGUGCCCGCGGCUCCCGGAGGCGGCGGCGACAACGUCAACACGUUCAGCUUUUCUGGGUUCUACAGCGCGUUCCGCGGCGCCAACGUGACGGUGCUCGGCGACGCCAACAUCAACCAGGGCGCGCUCCAGAUCACGCCGGACUCCCUCAACGACCCCUCCACCUUCCUCACCAACAAGUCCGGCCGCGUCCUCUACGCCACCCCGUUCAAGGUCUGGCAUCGAGGGGAUAAUGGCAACAAGGCGAACGACACCGGCGGCAAGAGGGUCGCGUCCUUCAGCACCGUGUUCACCGUCAACUUCUUCCGGCCGAAAGGCAUGGAGCCAGCGGAGGGGUUCGCGUUCGUCAUCGCGCCGUCCGCGGACGAGCCGCCCGCCGGGAGCUACGGCGGGUACCUCGGCCUCACCAGUGCCGCCACAGACGGCAACACCACCAACCAGAUCGUCGCCGUCGAGCUCGACACCGAGAAGCAGGCGUACGAUCCGGACGACAACCACGUCGGGCUCAACGUGAACAGCGUUGUCUCCGUCGCCAACACCUCGCUCAAGCCCCUCGGCAUCGAGAUCUCGCCCAUCGGCACCGUCAAGUACAACGUCUGGAUCGACUACGACGGCGCCGCGCGCCGCAUUGCGGUGUACAUGGCCGUCGCCGGGAAAGCGAAGCCAGUGCGAGCGGUUCUUAACGCGCCGCUGGACCUCGGGAAGACCGUGGCAGAGUGGUCCUACUUCGGGUUCUCGGCGUCGACGGGGCGCAAGUACCAGCUCAACUGCGUCCUGGCGUGGAACAUGACGGUGGAGAAGCUCCCGUGCGACGACGACAAUGGCAAGAGUCUCAUGCUAGGAUUGGCCAUCGGCGUGCCCGUGGGGCUGGUAGCGCUGGUCGCCGCGGCCAUACUGGCGUACGUGUACGUGGUGAAGCGGCGGAAGGUGCACGGCCACGACGGCAGCCCCAUCACCGGGACGAUGAUCCGGAGCCUCGCCGGCGGGCCGCGGGAGUUCGACUACCGCGAGCUGCGCAAGGCGACCAACAACUUCGACGAGAAGAUGAAGCUGGGGCAGGGCGGGUACGGGGUGGUGUACAGGGGCGUGGUGGUCCGCGACCACAGCAGCCCCGGCGGCGCCGGGAACACGGUGGAGGUGGCCGUGAAGAAGUUCUCAAGGGCGAGCACGCAGGGCCAGAACGACUUCCUCGCCGAACUCAGCAUCAUCAACCGCCUCCGCCACAAGCACCUUGUCCGCCUCGUCGGGUGGAGCCACGACAACGGGGAACUGCUGCUGGUGUAUGAGUUCAUGCCGAACGGCAGCCUGGACCAGCACCUGUUCAGCUCGGCGCCGGGGAGGCAGCUGCUGGGGUGGGAGCUCCGGUACAACAUCAUCAAGGGCGUGGCGUCGGCGCUGCACUACCUGCACGACGAGUACGACCAGCGGGUGGUGCACCGCGACCUCAAGGCCUCCAACAUUAUGCUUGACGCCGCCUUCAGCGCGCGCCUCGGCGACUUCGGCCUCGCGCGCGCCAUCGAGACCGACAAGACCUCCUACAUGGAGGAGGUCGGCGGCAGCGUGCCCGGCACCAUGGGGUACAUCGCGCCCGAGUGCUUCCACGCCGAGAAGGCCACGCGCGAGUCCGACGUCUACGCCUUCGGCGCCGUCGUCCUGGAGGUGGUCUGCGGCCGCCGCCCGCGCUGCGACAUCGACGGCUUCCACUUCCUGGUGGACUGGGUGUGGCGCCUGCACCGCGACGCCCGCGCGCUCGAGGCCGUCGACCCGCGCCUCGAGGGCGCGUUCGACCGGGACCAGGCGGAGCGGCUAAUCCUGCUGGGGCUCGCGUGCAGCCACCCGACCCCGGCCGAGCGCCCCAAGACGCCGGCCAUCCAGCAGAUCCUGCUCGGCUCCGUGCCGCCGCCGGUGGUGCCGCCGUUCAAGCCGUCCUUCGUGUGGCCGGCGACCGACGGGGGCCUGGACACCAUGUCAACCACGGCGGGGACGACGACGAGCCAUGUCAGCUUGUCGUCGGCGUCGACGUGGAGCGGCAACUUCAUGCGCGGCAGCCUGAGCCACGCGUUCGAGCAAGACGUCUCCAAUUCCUUGCCGUGACUGAUCAGUCCAUGCUUUUCAUCAUACGCACGCUGUUUGACACGAUGGGUUUUUCUUGGUCACUGUGGAGUUUAUUUUUUAUUUUUUGCAUGGACUGUGGAGUUCAAUUGUCCAAAGCAGAUCUCCACGACGACAACAUGGUUUAGAAAAAUGAAGUAAUACAUUUGUUCGUGUGCAAAUAAUUGUCCUCUUACGUUUGUUUC